CCGCUGCCGCCGGCGUCGGCGCCGCUGUACGCCGCGCAGCCAUUCGAGCGCGAGUUGCCGCCGCACCUGUCGCCGCCCGUGCAGCCGGAGCAGGGCCUGCCGUCGCCGGCGCACGGCGCUGCGCUGGUCUCACCGGCCGGCACCGACAUCCUGCGCUCGAUGCUCAACCAGCCGCCGCAGACGCUGACGCUGACGGCGCCGCGGCCGGCCGGCAAGCACCAGUGUUCCACCUGCCGCAAGGUGUACACCACUGGCGCCGGUCUGGCCAAGCACCAGCAGUUCCACUGCGAGCAGCGCCGCUACCCGUGCGAUGUGUGCGACAAGGUGUACACCUCGCAGGGCGCGCUCAAGAUGCACGUGCGCACGCACACGCUGCCCAACAAGUGCCAGUUCUGCGGCAAGGCGUUCUCGCGGCCGUGGCUGCUGCAGGGUCACAUUCGCACGCACACGGGCGAGAAGCCGUUCCAGUGCGACCUCUGCCAUCGCUCGUUCGCCGACAAGUCGAACCUGCGCGCGCACAAGCAGACGCACACCGAAAUCAAGAAGUACAAGUGCGCCUCCUGCAACAAGACCUUCAGCCGCAUGUCGCUGCUCUCCAAACACGAAGAAAACGGCUGUCCGGGCGCCGGCCAGUGAGCCGGCGCGGCUCGUGCCAUCUAGCGGCAGUGAAUCAAACUAACGCAACGAAGCUCCACGAGUGCUCAUUCUAGUCCACAUGUGUAAAUACGUUCAAGAUUCGUCUUCUCGCUCUGUGAAUGUUUUUGUACGUCCAUGUUAGUCGCCCUCGCCUAGAUUUUUUGUAGAUGUAGGAUGUUCGAGGCGUGAUGACGGUUCAGGAACUUGAGGCUGUUCUCAUGCAUGUGUAUAUAUACCUGAAAACCAUACGAUAGGUGAAUCAAGUGCCAAUACUGUGGAAACUUGCUCAUGCCCCAAUGGCUAGUCACAUUUCGACUUGUUUACGUGCGCAUUGAUGGUGGUAUUUUGAAAUACAUAUAUAUGACGUUUUA